UAUGAGAAGGAGGUAGUGCGAAUAUUUACUAACGCAGUCUCGAGAUAAAGUGUUCAAAAAAGCCGUAAAGCCGUAAAAGUCUACAUUUUCUCCACCCGGUUACACUGUGUUAAAUUUGACAGCUGAAAUUCGGAAGUCAUUUUGUUUAUAUUACGAGAAGCAUUGUGGUACAAUACUUGAAGAAUUAAAUUUCUUUCAUAAGUUGUGGACAAUGGUUUAAAUAAUAAAAAGUAAAACUACUUAUAAAUAACUGUGGUAUCUCCGAAGAAUAUACAUACGUGUCUUGAAUUGUACAAUUUGAAAUUCCGUAAAAUACGCUAAAACCAGUCACCAUUGGUUAAAUUCAAUUUAUAUAUCAUUAACAAAUUGGGAAUAAAUUAGUGAAUAUCAAAUUUUAAAUAAUAUACAUAUAAAUAUAUACAUUGACUGUGUAUGUGAUUUAAUAUUUUUCAAUUCGGUGCAUAUUUACGUUUGACAAGUGAAAUAAGUGCUCAAUAAACUGAACUCUAAUCUCAUUCCGUAACAGCUGAAAAACUUCGACUAUUGCAUACGUUUUGUUUUCCAUUGAUAAUAAAUUUGGUUUGCAAUGAAUAUCGUCGGGGACUAUGAGUACAGCUCAAAGGACAUGCUAGGCCAUGGUGCUUUUGCCGUGGUCUAUAAAGGACGUCAUCGUAAAAAACAUUUUCCCGUUGCUAUAAAAUGCAUCACCAAAAAGGGGUUGAUCAAAACCCAAAAUUUGCUUGGAAAAGAAAUCAAAAUUUUGAAAGAAUUGACAGAGUUGCAUCAUGAGAAUGUCGUUGCAUUGUUGGACUGUAAAGAAUCACAAGACUGCGUCAAUUUGGUUAUGGAGUACUGCAAUGGCGGGGACUUGGCAGACUAUCUUACUGUAAAGGGCACUUUGAGUGAGGACACUGUCAGACUCUUUCUCAUACAAUUGGCUGGCGCAAUGAAAGCACUUUAUACUAAAGGAAUUGUGCACCGUGAUCUCAAACCACAGAAUAUUUUGCUAUCGCACAAUUAUGGCAAAGCAUUGCCUGCUCCAUCGAAAAUCACUUUGAAAAUAGCGGAUUUUGGGUUUGCACGCUUCCUAAAUGACGGCGUUAUGGCGGCCACGCUUUGCGGCUCACCAAUGUACAUGGCACCUGAAGUUAUAAUGUCCUUGCAAUACGAUGCUAAAGCUGAUCUCUGGUCUUUGGGCACUAUUGUUUAUCAGUGCCUCACUGGCAAGGCCCCAUUUUCUGCACAAACUCCGAAUGAGUUGAAGGGUUACUAUGAAAAAAAUGCUAACUUGGCACCAAAAAUAUCCAGUGGGGUCUCGCCCGAUUUACGCGACUUACUGUUGGGCUUGCUACGGCGCAAUGCCAAGGACAGAAUUUCAUUUGAGAACUUUUUCAGUCAUCGUUUCUUGCAGGGUAAAAAAAUCAUCACCUCUGUUUCGCCCACUGAUGUUCCCCCGCAGUUGUGUUUGGAUACCACUCCGCAAGCAAAAACGAAAACUACCCAUCAACAACUUCAACAAUUGCAGCAAGGUAGCGAGGUCGAGGUUGAGGCUACUGCAGCUCAACAAGACGAGAACGCUGUUUCAGUUGUGGAAAAUCCAGCCAUCUGCGCGACUAUUACGAACGUAGGUGUGCUUUGUGAUAGCGAGAAUAAUAGUGUUUCAUCUGGCUCACCAGAGGACUCAGAUGACUUUGUUCUGGUCCCUAAGAAUCUCCCAGAAGAUAAAAAUGUCAUUGAAUAUGAGAAGAAGUACGAAAAACGUACACAUGGUAAAUUAAAUAAGCCUAAACGUUACUCUCUUCCUCAAACCAGGCACUCAGCCGCAUGUCAAGUGGCUCAAACAACAAAUCAAUCAAGUCCACCACGCCCAAGCAGUCUACCCAUAUCGGAACCUAAGCCAGUUCCUGCACCAGCUCGCCGAUUUUCAUCAAACACAGGCAAUGCUGUCGGUAACAGUGCCGAUAGUGACAGAGCUCAACGCACGCGUUCUAAUAAUUCGAAUGAUAUUGCACUGGCAUCGUCGCCAAAACAAGCGGCUGUCGGCAUGAACGGACAACAAUUUCCACGUUCACAGCCGAUUAGUGUCAAGCAACGCGCGGAACAUCGCAAGACUAGCGUCAGCAGCGAUAUUAAUUCCAUUUCACCGCCAGCGGUCCAGUUUGCCAUUGGUACACCGCCUGGACGUCGGCGAUCUGCCUCCGGUAGCUCAUUAUCGGAGACGCCACCACCAAGUGCGCCAUGUACUUGGCAGGUAAGCCCCGGUACACAGACGCAAUCUCCUCUGCGGCGGUCAGGUCAUAGUUCACCGGUUCUUCCGUCUGCAUUAGCUAAAUUACCUGCACUGGGUAGUCCUACAUUGAUUGUUGGUCCCGGUUCUGUGGGUUCGCUGGGUUCCGGGUCUGGUGGAUCCGAAAAUAAUAAUCAUCACGUAUUGGGUCCGCGUGCGUUUACGCUACCGGAGUUAGGUGCCACGGGGGGUUUGCAAAGCCUGUUGGAUACAGCUAGCAGUCGCGUCACCGGCGCGGAAGGACAUCAACUUCACACGUUCCAUGCACCUGAAUUGUCGGAAGAGACGCUUAUGGACCGCGAGCAUAAUGAGACACUUUCGAAGUUGAACUUUGUUUUGGCACUUACCGACUGCAUACAAGAGGUUGCAGACUCACGUUGUGCACCACUUUCGGCAUUAAUGGCUGUAGGUGCCACUUUUAAUGACCCGCAGACCAUACCGCCACAUGCACCGGAGCAUUGCAAACGGGCUGAGCGGUUGGUGCUAUUGGUACGUGCUCUGCAGCUUCUCUCGAGUGGCUUGAACUUGGCAUCCCAACAGUUGCGAUGUGGAAAUCUUAAGCCGUCAUCAAAUGUUAAAAACGCUCUGCUGACAAUGAACUCCAAAUAUCGUUCAAUUCUAUCCGAGUCAAAGAAAUUAAAUGGUUCUGGCUUGCUGCAAAAAGCUAAUGCAUUCAACAUUACAGCUGACAAGAUCCUUUAUGAUUAUGCUUUAGAUAUGUGUCAAGCGGCCGCUUUGGAUGAGUUGCUAAGUAACACAAAAAAUUGCUUUGAACGCUACAAUACGGCACACAUCCUGCUGCACUCGUUGGUACAGAAAUGCAACCAUCCACAGGACAAGAUGUUACUGAAUAAAUAUCGCGAUGCAGUUGAGAAGCGUUUAAGUAUUUUACAGCAACAAGGCUAUAUAUAUGUGACCGACGAAAACUCUUAAGGUUCCGAACGCAGAGCUUACGGUUAAUUUUUGAGCCCAUAAUUUUUCGAUCAUGAGUCAACAAAUUCCGGACCUUGCGAUACAUUGUCUUGCUGUAAUUGAAAAUUAUUUUAAGUAAAAAAUUAUUUAACCAAUGUUUUCCAUUACCCUUGUUUGCACGUGUGUGUCAUUGGAAAGAUGGACCACGAAAUAUAUUCAUGUAUACAUUUUAAACAGUACACUCUCCGCUUUUCUAAAAGUCGACUUUAUUUUAAAUCUUUUCGUCAAUGCACUUGAUGGAGAGGGUAAAGAUAUGGAUGUGUUCGAGCCACGCAAUAAUUAUCGCGAUCUUGUUACUUGCUUCAUACUCUUGUGCUAAUGCUGAAGUAAUAAUCUGCUGAUAUUUGAAAGAGUUGGAAAAAAGUAUGGAAUAGUUGAUGAGAGAUAUAUCAUAUAUGCAUAUUGGCCAUGUUUAAACAUGUUUUACAUUUUAAUUUAGUUUGCAUUUUUCAACCCAGUCCUCUGCCCAAAUAAUCGAUUUCUUAUUCAAACGAAACUAAUCUUUUAAGUCCAUCGACAACUGGCUAACAACAACCAAUAAUACAAACCAUUUUUCGUGCUCCAUUCCAGAAGCGCAGUGAAUGUUUUUGUCUCGCGCUUGUUUUGCUCUUGAUGCCCUACAGAUUAUCCAAGUGUGAAGUUACCAAUGUGGCUGUAGUUUUUGCUUAAAACAAGAUACUAUCUUACAAAACGGGACACAAUUUGCAAUUAUUGAAGCUUGAACGUAACCUACCUUAGUUCAUACACAUUUUGUGUUUUAGAAAGCUCCUCCGUGGCUAAUGUUAUUAUGAAUAACAUUUUGAACUCUAAAGUGCUCGCGCUUGAACAUUUUGCCGACCGCGAGAAGUUGUUUAAAAUUCAAAAAUGUUUACGUAAUUUUGCCAAAGUAUUACUAUUGUCCAAAACUGGAAAAGUUGAAUAAAUGUUUUACAAUCUGUUUUAUAAAAUAA